AAGGAAAUACCACUGACACAAUGGAUAUGCUUGGAAUAAUAAUCAGCUGAUUUUUACGACCAAUGCAAUAUAAGUACCUAGAAACAUAAUAGGUGAAGUUCACGGGUUUUGGGUCAGUCGUGCGGAUUGGUGCGCGGGAGUGGUGGCAACCAGUGGCUAGCGAUUCAACUAUAUAAGCUCGGAGAAAUGCUCUCACUGCAUCCAUUGAUCCGCGUCGCUCUCAUACAUUCACUCACCUGCAAAAUGGCAGCCAAAUUCGUUGUCGCUGCGGCGGUACUCGCCCUCGCCCAGUGCAACCCCGUCCUUAUAAACGGAGUACUAUUCCGUGAUGGACGCGGCUUCUCUAUCGGGCAAGCAUACAGCAGCAACAUGGGUGGGCUCAGCCAGGCAUCAGGCUCUGCCUCCAGUAACGGCGGUGUGGCUCAGGGAGUGGCGCAGGCCUACAACAAUGACGUCCUCCUCGCCUACCCCGUACAACCCAUCGCCCAGACCUAUGAAGUCCCCGCUCUCCCCACCUACGGCUCCGCUAAGGCCACCGCUCAGGCCCAGAACGGGCCCUACUACCCCGUGCCCGCCCCUGAGACGGUCAUCGCCUACCAACAGAACUUUGAAGUCCCUGCCGAGAUCAGCUACGAGAUCCCCGCUCAGGGCCCCGUCUCCGCGCAGUCCUCUGCCAUCAUGAAUGGCGGCUCUGACUCCUCCAUCUCAUCCGCCAUCACCAACGGUGCCGGCGCGGCUCAGUCCUCCGCCCAGACUCAGAGAGGUGUCGGCAGCUACGGCCUCACCGCCUCCAACGCCAAGACUUCCGGCUCCGGCUUCGGCUCCGCUGCGUCCAACGCCAACACUGGCUACGGCUCCGCCAUCACCGCCGCCAGGACACAGGGAAUGGGUGGUUUCGGCUCUGCCUCGUCCCAGGCUCAAGGAGCACUUGGUGCUGCCCAGACCACAGCCCAGACCCAGACUACCGGUGAUUACGGUUCUGCCUCCUCCCUCGCUAACACCAACGCCGAAGACGCAGCCAUCGUCGCCGCCAAGACCCAAGGCUACGGAGCCGGUUACGGAUCUGCUUCCUCCAAUGCCAACGUGAAUGGGCAGUACGGCAACGCCGCGUCCUCGGCCAAGACCUCCAACCAGAAGACUAUCAGCUGGCGUUUCGGAACCCUAUAUGACUCCCCUGCCGGUGCCCUUGCUCAGGCCAACACUCAGUCCGGCUUCGGUGCGGCUAAGUCUACCGCUCAGACAUACGACGCUGGUUAUGGCUCCGCCCUGUCUACCGCUAACACUUACGGCGCUGACCUCGGAUCUGCCAACGCCAACGCUAACGUCAACGGCGGCGCCGGAUCUGCCAUCUCCGCUGCUAGAACCCAGGGUGCUGGCUACGGUUCUGCCAACUCUGCCGCCAACACCCAGGGCUACGGCUCCGCCCAGUCUCUGGCCAACACCAACUCUGGAUUCGGUUCCGCCAAGUCCGCUGCCAACACUCACGGCGCUGGUUAUGGAUCUGCCAACGCCAACGCUGACGUCAACGGUGCCGGUUACGGCUCUGCCAAGUCUGCCGCUAACACUGGUAUGGGAUACGGCUCUGCCCUGGCAAACACCAACUCUGGUUUCGGUGUAGCCAAAUCCAACGCUGUCAGCCAAGGAUCCCUGUAUGGUGGCAGGACCUCCGCUGACGCUCAGACCUCCGGCCUCGGAUCCGCAUCGUCGUCUGCGAAGAGCCAGGGUCUGUCCGCUGGCUACAGGGUGGCAAACUCCGCCGCCAACACCCACGGCUUCGGCGCCGCUCACGCCAACGCCGCCAGCGCGUAAAAAUCUAACCGGUUCUCAUCACCGGCAAGCAUCCACAUCAAGACGACUUCCGACGAAUCCGAAAACUUGUCUUGAUGUAUUUGCAU